CAACUUCUCCUGCUUUUCUCAUGCCUGUUGCGCCUAUGGUGAUUUCCGUGGGUUAUAGCAUCAGCAGUGCUGUCUCCGUCUAAGAUCUACUUCCAGCUGGGUCAAUUCACCAUUUCAGCUAGAUUGUGUUGUUUCACUGAGGUGGAAGACGCAAAUCCUCUUCUUCUCUUAUCCUCAUUUCUCCUCCCUCCACUUUUCUCCUCUCUCUCUUUUCCUCUGUCUUUACUUUCUAAAUCUCUUUCUCUCUCUCUCCUUCUUCCCCACUUCCCACAAAAGCCUCUCUAUUCUCUCCCAAAGAUUCUCACGAGAAAUCCACCAAAAUGACCACCACACUCCCACCCAACCUCCCAGCCAGCACCUCCUCCACAACCCACCCCAAUCCCACAACCACAACCGCAGCCACGGCAACCACCACCACAACGACGACAACCACCACCACCACAAAACCCCGACAAACGCGCACCAACCCCUCGCGCACCUCCAAGACACAAUCCCGGUCCUCCUUCGCCUUCGGCCACGGCACCACCACCACCGGCGGCGGCUCCUCCGGUCUCCACCACCGCUCCUCUGCCGCCGACCACGCCGCGGCCAACGCGACCACCCCGAUCCCGCAUGGCUUCUACCCGGCGCUCACCCACUUCACCGACGCCAUCACGGCGCUGCCGCGGGAGUUUCGGCGGCAUAAUUCCCUGCUCAAGGAGGUGGACGCCAAGGCGUGGGCGCUGGAGGAGAAUCUGUUGCAGUUGUUGAAGGCGAGUGCGGAGGCGCGGCCGGUUUCUGGGUCUGGGUCGGGGUCGGGGUUUGGGUUGGUUGAGAAUGGGUCGGGGGAUUGCGGGCGGAGUCUUGGGGAGGGAGACGGGGAGGGGGUGGAUGGUGAUGGUUUGGGGUUGGGGCUGGGGAUUGGGUCGAUGCCCCCCUCGGAAUCCCCCGCCAGCAAGAAUCGUCGCCUCCUCUUCGACCGUGUCCGGCACACGCUGUCGGAUCUGAUGAUGACCGCCGAUGAGAAGAAUCAUGUCAUUUCGAAUGCCAACGACGAGCUUGAUCGCCAGCUUACCCGCCUCGAUGCCGUCUUCCCCUUCAUCGCGGGCGAGGUCAGCGACGAGGCCCGCCUGGGCAGCUUGUCGCAUUGGGCCUAUUCGAAUCGCUUGGUGGGUAUCGGCGCUGGUAGCGCGAAGACGACGGACCGUCCCAGGCGCGAUGCUACGGGGUCCGGCAAGACGGAAUUGGCGCAUGGGCAUGGGCAUUCGCAUGGGCAUGGGGCCCAUGGGCAUGGAGCUGGCCAUGAUGCGGAGGGUUCCUCGCGGAGUGAGGCUAGACGCGAGGCGGCUAUGGCUAGGAGGCAGCGGCGGGGCGGCGCGGGGGCUGGGCUAGGGCCGACCCAUGUGGAUUCGGAUUUGGAUGAUGGAGCGAGGGGAUCUGGCGGGGCUGCUGCUGGUGGAGGUGGUGGUGGCAGGAAGGGAGGACAGAGUGGCAAGGCUAGAGGCGGUGCAGGAGGAGGCGCCGCUGCCGCUGCUGGUCCCGGAGGCCAGGCUGGUGAACAUGUCGGUGGUGCUGGGCAGGGUGGCAGUACCUCCGGUCAGGCGAAGCGGAGGAAGGUCGAGAGGCCGCCGCCUGUGGAUACGGGCGCUGCGAUGGAGAGGUCAGCGAGCGGCGCAGGCGGUGCUGCAGGUGGUGCUGCAGGCCGGGCUGGCUCCAAGGAUGUAGAUGCUACUGGUGCUGGUGCUGGCGGUGCGGGGGGUGCCACUAAGAAGAGAUCGCGUGCGCCGAAUGCCAACGCGGCUUCACGAAAGAGAAACAACCAAGGCAACUCAGCGGCCGAUUCGCCAAUCCUCGCCCCUUCGCCGGUUGUCGCUGCAGCCACGAUCCCACGCAACGCAGCCAGUCCAGGCCCCGGUGCGGCACGACCGCAGUCUUCCCGUGCGCAGCAGACUGCCGGACCGGCAAACAACGGCCGUCAGCGCCCAUCGUCAUCCGCCUCCAAUCGUGUGGCCGGGAACAACAAAACAACCGAGACGAAGACCGUCAUCAAAGAAAGCACAGCCAAACCGCAAGCCACCCCCAGCUCGGCCAACGAAACCCCGCGCGAGAUGGCCGACGAGGGCAUGGACGUGGCAAAGAUGCCUGUGCCAGUAAGCACGAAGCGCGAGGACACCGACGGCGGCAAGCCAACACCAUCCAUCGAACCCAGCGAAACACCAGCGCCGCCGCCGGCUACCGCUACUACCACUGCUGCGAAUGCUGCUAGUGCUUCGGCGCCUGCACCUGCCCCGGUUUUGAUCCCGAACCCGCCACCCAAGGGCCGAUCUUCCAAGACCUCCACCCCCGUGCUGCCGACGUUCACAGAAUCGUCCACCAGCGCUGCUGCUACUGCUGCUGCCGCCGCCACCGCCACCGCCACGACAACGACGCAGCGUGUGCGCCCAACUCGAAGCACCGAUCUCGCUCCCGCCGCCACCACCACGACUACCACGAAACGCUCGCACAAGAAGAACGGCAGCGUGCCGGUGGUGGUGCCGCAGCGGGCGGUGUCGGAGGAGGAGGAAUCCCUGCACGAGGGCGACGACGAGGACGAGGACGGCGAGCCGCGGUACUGCUACUGCAAUGAGAUCAGCUUCGGUGAGAUGGUGGCGUGUGACAACGAUGCCUGUCCGCGCGAGUGGUUCCAUCUGUCGUGUGUGGGGUUGACGAAACCGCCUGGCAAGAACGUGAAAUGGUAUUGUAACGAGUGCAAGGAUAACAUGCGACGGAGUCGUAGUGGGCGUUGAAGAGAGCUGUUUUGCUGUGGUUGGAUGGAGCGAGUUGGACAGGACAGGACAUUGGAGUUCAGGGGGAGUUUUUCAUCCAUGGAUAGAUAGAAGUAUUCGAUAUGGUAUAUACUUUGGAAUAGGAUUUGUGGCUUAGGUGUUGGUUCUCAUCUACUGUGUUUAUGGAUGAGGUUGGUCGGUUGCUAGAAAGUGUGAUCCCCAGACGGUACGCAGACAAUGUGGACGUUCGGAAACUGUCAUUGAAACUACCUGUUAUUCUUUCCCCCAAUCAAUUUCAGUUCAAAGUCAACGACACAUAAAGAACAGUGCUAGGCCGCAGGAUCUUGAAAUCUCAUACACACAGUCGAU